AGAACCCUGAAGAAAAGGGCGGAAGGAGAGAAGUAUAAAGAGAGGCGGUAGGCUCGCGUUGGUCGUUGGAAGAAGCAGCAGUGUCUGUACGAUUGUUGCCGUCCCCGCCCCACCCCCGAACGCAUUUCGUCAUUGUCUAUACAGUUUACCCUUACCCCUCCACUCACGUACAUACCACGAACACACCGUACCACCGGUCUCGCAUUCCAAACAACAUAAACCCGCAUUAUCGAUCCCUGAAGCAACCAUAAACAUGACCAUCGGCAUCGCUCUCAUCGGCAGCGGCAUCUUCGCCAAAGAAGAGCACCUGCCCGCCAUCAAGGCGGCCUCGGCGCUCUCCCUCACGGCAAUCUACUCGCGCAGCCUCGCUUCUGCAAAGUCACUGGCUUCCGAAGCCGGGGAUGUGGAGCUGUAUAGCGAGGAUUCCGGGGAGGGCAAGGGGUACGAUGCGCUGCUGGCGCGGGACGACGUGCAGGCGGUGGUCAUUGCACUCCCAAUCCUCGUGCAGCCCGAGUACAUCAAGAAAGCGUUGUCAGCAGGCAAGCACGUGCUGGCUGAGAAGCCCAUCGCCAAAGACGUCGCGACGGCGACGGAGCUGAUUUCCUGGUACAAGAGCAACAUCAGCGGGCCGUCCUUCAGCAUCGCAGAGAACUUCCGCUUUCUCGCGUCGUACGACUACGCAGCGGCGCAGUUCGCGCAACUAGGCCGCGUACUUGGGUUCCGCGUGCGCGUGCAGAACUUCGUCAAGCAGGGCGGUAAGUACUUUGAGACUGCGUGGCGCAAGAAGCCCGAGUACCAGGGCGGGUUUCUGCUGGAUGGCGGUGUUCACUUCGUCGCUGCCACAAGGCUGAUUCUCGAGAGCGGAGGUGUGAAGCCUGUGACGACCAGUGCUUUCUCUACACAACUGCAGGAACACCUUCCUCCUGUGGACACGGUGGAUGCCACGGUGAAGCUGAGCAAUGGCGCCAAUGGGACUAUUUCUCUGUCGUUCGGGACUACCUUCACAGGCUCGGAGUAUACCUUUGCUGCGGAGAAGGGUACCGUGACUGUAUCAAGAGGCAAAGUCACGGUGGUGAAGGACGGAAAGGAGGAGACCAAGGAGUUCCCCGAGGAGGGCAACGGGGUGAAGCAGGAAAUCGCAGCUUGGGGCAAAGCGUUGGGUGAGGGCAAGCCGGACCCGAGGCAGAGCGCUGAAGAGGCGCUGAGGGAUCUGCAAGUGCUUGAGGCGAUGUUACAGAGCGGAGAGAAGGGUGGAGCACCUGUGGAGCUCAAGUUGUGAGAUUGCGAUGCUGCUGGGUUGAUACGGGGAUUGGGAAUGUCGCCGGUCCUGGCGCAGGUCCCUCCGUGGGCGUGGCGGAAGGAUGCAGAAGACGUCGGCUACGAAAUCCGAGUACAGAACUUUGUAAUGUAGACGGUGUCGGCUGCAGGAUCUCCG